AUGCCUGCAGUGCUCACUGCUGAGGGCCCCGUGUCCUCAGUGCUCACUGCUGAGGGCCCCGUGUCUCUAGUCCUCACUGCUGAGGGCCCCGUGUCUCUAGUCCUCACUGCUGAGGGCCCCGUGUCUCUAGUCCUCACUGCUGAGGGCCCCGUGUCUUUAGUCCUCACUGCUGAGGGCCUCGUGUCUCUAGUCCUCACUGCUGAGGGCCUCGUGUCUUUAGUCCUCACUGCUGAGGGCCUCGUGUCUCUAGUCCUCACUGCUGAGGGCCUCGUGUCUCUAGUCCUCACUGCUGAGGGCCUCGUGUCUUCAGUGCUCACUGCUGAGGGCCUCGUGUCUCCAGUGCUCACUGCUGAGGGCCCCGUGUCUUUAGUCCUCACUGCUGAGGGCCUCGUGUCUCUAGUCCUCACUGCUGAGGGCCCCGUGUCUUUAGUCCUCACUGCUGAGGGCCCCGUGUCUCUAGUCCUCACUGCUGAGGGCCCCUGGAGCCCUCUGGAGCUUCAUCUCAGCAGUAUGUGGCCUGUGUGGCCUGUGCUUUUGUCAGAUGAGGACACUCCACCCGGGGCCCAUGUGACGUGUGAGGGUCUAGAGGACGAGGUGGUGGACCAGAGGACGUCAGAGACAGAUCCCAGAGGAGACACCUCCACAGGACGCGCCCUGAGCCGUGCGCUCCUGGAGUCUGUGGAGACAUGCGGAGGCACAAGAGCCGAGCGCGCUCCUGGUCCUGAGGAGUCGGAGUCGGAGUCUCGCGCGGCUCCUGUGAUGGGGACAGUCUCCUGGCGCUGGUCCUGGCGCUGGUCCUGGCGCUGCGCUCUCGUCUUGGUCCUGACUCUGGACUGCUCCUGUGUCGCGGUCACUCUGGAGUCCAUCCACUGGAGCAGCUCCAACACAAAGUUUGUCCGAGGACUAGGUCUGACCCUUUACCCUCAAAUCGGGGACAAGAUGGACAUUGUUUGUCCCAGAUCAGACCCAGGACAGCGGGAGGAGUUUUACCGCGUCUACCUUGUGUCCCGCAGACAGAUGGACAAGUGCAUCAUAGAGAAGUCAGACACUCCUUUACUGAACUGUGACAAACCGCACAAAGACGUCAAAUUCACCUUCAAGUUUCAGGAGUUCAGCCCAAACCUCUGGGGCCUGGAGUUUCUCAAAGGGAAGGACUAUUACAUCACAUCCACCUCCACCGGGGCUCCACAGGGACUGGACAACACCAACGGGGGAGUGUGUCGAACCAAAUCCAUGAAGCUGGUGCUAAGAGUUGGACAGAACUCUUCAGAGCCGCUCUCUACACUUCAGGAGUCUCCCACCCGAUUCCCACCGACUCGACCAAAGUCCAAGGUCAAGGAGCCAAACUCCAGUGAUGUGAAGGGUAAAACUGUUUGUUACUUUGCCUCAGAAGCGGGACAAACCAACCCCAGUGGCGCUGAUGGCCCCGGUCCAGGCCUGUUCGUGUGGCUGGCGUCCGGCGGGGUGCUCCUCCUUCUGGUCGUCUUCAUCGUUUCGUUUGCAGUUUUGUGGAAAAGACGCCGCGGUCACUGUGUCCCAGAUGGACCGCAGUCCGCCUCCGUGUCCCUCAACACUCUGACUGUGCCCAAACGGGACAGUAUCAGCAGCGACAUGGGCUCGGACCGCAGCGACGUCGUGUUCCCGCUCAGGGCGUCGGAUUCUAUGAUUUGUCGCCAUUUUGAGCGUCUGAGCAGUGACUAUGGUCCUCCGGUUUAUAUAGUCCAGGAGAUCGCCCCACAAGCUCCAACUAACAUCUACUACAAAGUCUGA